CCCAUCGUCCUCUCUCUCCCUAUUUCUCCUCCCAUCGUGUUUCACUCUCUCGCCUCUGAUCAAAUUCUCAGAAGAGAGAGACCCUUGUUUUGACAUUUAUUUUACCAUCCAUUCUCAAUCUAUCUCUCUCUCUCUCUCUCUCUUUUUUUUUCCUUUUCUCAGAUUUUUCUCUCUUCCUUCCUUCGUCUCUCUAACUCUCAAAAACGACAGCGUUUUCAACAACCCAGUCGACGCUUUUUUGGAGAGCUUCCUUCUCUUUUUCUUCUUCCCUUCCCUUCUCCUAAACCGAUUUCGAUUUCCCCAACAAUGCCAAAAGGGUUUUGAUUCUCUCUCUCUCUCUCUCUCCCUAAAAAUCUCAAAUUUAACAAAACAAAAAAAAAAAACCCUAAUUUCAAUCUCUUCGAUGGGUUCCUCUUCCGAUAUCGUCGUCCCUGACGGAUCUCCCCACUCAACCCCCGAAGAUGCAGCUCCGGUUACGGAUACCACCACCGUCACAAUUCCAAAGGAGGAGCCUUCCACGCUUAGGAGAACGCGUCCUUCACGUGCCUGUACUGUUAGGGCACAGCAGCGUCUUCAAGAACUGCAAGCGGCGGAGAGAAAGCUCAAGCAGCCUAAGAAGGAGCAUAAACGGGAGCAGCAUCGACGGAGAGAAGAAGAGGUGGUAGAGGAAGAUGAGGAUGCGGAUGGCGAUCAAGAAGAUGAUGAUGAUGAGGACGGGGGCGAUGAGAAUCGUCAGCAGCAAUGCGUCGCUGGAGGGAGUUCGAGUUCUGGUAAAAUCGUUACUUCUCUUGUUCCUCCGCCCGAACCUUCUCAGAUGCCGCGGUGGAAUCUUCGUUCCAUGUGGGAACUUGCUUCUGUGCUCAAUUUCUUGCAUGUAUUUAGACCGCUUUUGAAGAUCAAUGCUGAGUUCUCAGCUGAGGAGUUUGAAACGGCCUUGCUUUCUCCAAACGAUACUUUGAGUGAUAUACAUAUUCCUCUGCUAAAGGCCAUUCCUCCUGUAACUCGAAUGGCCCUCACACGUGAUACCUGGGUCACUGUCUUGUGCAGAAAAAUAAGAGAUUGCUGGCAUUGGGUCGCAGAAGGGGACCUUCCUAUUGUUGCCUCGCAAGGGAGGGAGAUUGAAGUGUACAAGAAUCUUGAUCCAGCCAUUCGUGUGGUGAUUUUGAAAGCUUUAUGUGAUAUCCGUGUUGAGCAAGAAGAUAUCAAGAGCUACAUUGACAACUCUCUUAAAACUGGCGUUCAUCUGUCAGUUUUCCGCAAAGAUCGCGUUGGGGGUGAUUCACAUGGAGUUAAUUUUUGGUAUGAGGAUGAUCCCUUAAUUGGUCACCGUUUAUAUCGGGAAAUAAGGAAAGCAGAAGUGUUGAAGGUCAGAACAAAGGGUUCCAAGAUUCUUCCUAACAUAACAUACCAAUGGGAAACUGUUGCCACUAAUUUCAAUGAAUUCCAAGACGUUUCUGAAAAACUUCUUCAAAGUACUAGUAGAAUUGAAGUUUCUCUAGGGAAGAAGUUAAUGAAAGAUAUGCUUCCUGAGAUAGAAAAAGAACACAAGAGGAAAGAAAAAAUGUUGAAAAAGCAACACAGACAGGCCCUUCUCCUUGAUAACUUUUUGGUUGUUGACGGUCUUGGUGCUGGACGUUCUCUCCGUGAUAGGAAGCCAGUUAGAUACACUUUUGAUGAUUAUGAUAAGUCCAUAAAUGAAGCUAUCAAAGUAACAAAGAAGAAACAUCCAUCACCAGAACAUUUUCUCCACAGAAGAGAAUCUGCCAGAUUGGACGCUCUUGCGAAUGGCAGAUCGACCAGUUCAUCCUACCCUACUGAGCCUGUGAACGAUACAGCAUCUGCGAGAUCUUCUGAUUUUGCUGAUUAUGAUGAUUUUGAUGAGCAGCGAGAUGAAUCUCUGGACAGAAGGCAAGACGCAGUUAACAGGCGCAGACAACGGCCCCAACGGUAUUCAGCUACAGACUUUGUUGAAACUGUAUCAGACAAUGAGGUAGAGUUUCAAAGUGACGAUGACAUUUAUGGGGAAGCAGUUUAUGAUGAAGAAUACCUGAGGAAGCGCAAACAGAAGAAGCUCUCUAGUGGUUCUGAGGGAGAUGAAGAGAAGGGAGAUGAAGAGUACAAAUGGGAUGAAGACAAUGCCGAGUAUGAGGAAGAUGAAGAAGAGGAGGAGGAAGAAGAUUCUGUAAGUGCAAGCGAAGAAGAUAGUGAUGAACCCCGGAGGGUUAAGAAAAUUCCACGGAGAGAACCUAAGGUGAGAUCAAGGUCAAAUGAUUUUCGGCCAGGCCUUAGACGGAGUAAAAGAGCCACAAGGAUCGAUUACCAACAAUAUGAGUUCUCAGAAUCAGACAAAGAAGCAACAGGAUUGGCGAAACGUAAGCGGUUGGUUGAGCCAGAUGAACAGUCUGAUGAAACAGGGAAUGGGGAUUUCACGAUGGGAAGUCAGGACUCUGAAGAAAAUGCAAAUGAUCUAGAAACAAAAUCUGGUGAAGAAGAAAUAGAAGAAGAGCCGAGAGAGGUCAAUGACAAUGCAGAGACAGCAUAUGGUAAAGAGAAUAAUCAACUUAACAAAUCAAACGGCACAACAGACCAAGAAGAAGUUGAGGGUGUAGUAGGCAAAAGACGUUACCUCGACUUAAACGAGCUUGCCCCUGUAUCUGGUUUUGAUGAUGGUCCAAGUACAGUAUUGAAGGAUGAUGAUAAGACGGACCAUUCAUAAGCAAGACAGAAAGACUUAUCUUUGUCUUAAAGCUCCCUCUGGUCAAUCACCAUUGUAUGAUAAGAAUGAUUUUCACGAGUUAUUUCCUGGCAAAAAAACCCUUGCAGAGAAAAGUUAAAACGGUAAGAGACACUUCAUUGGGUUUUUCUCCAUUCAAGCAUAUCUGCUUCUUGUUUUAAGUACUUCAGGCAAAUUGGGCUGAUAACUGAAGAGAUGAAUGUUGUUGUGGAGGCCGAAGAGGUAUGUGUAGAUUAGGUUAGUCAUUUUUUCUUACCAUGAAGAAAGAAACAAUGAAGAGGGUAAACCAGAUAUUCCUAAGAGCUGUUUAAUGUUUUUAUGGAAUUAUUAUUAGUGUACAAGUAGUAACUUUCUCUAACUUUUGUAUUGACUAUAAGAACGCGUUUAAGGUCUCUUAGAUUUUGGUAAAACGAAGCAGCUUUGAGACUUGCUGAAUGUGAUUAUCA